AUGGUUCUUCGAUCCGGUACAUUCACCUUUUAUCUCUACGGAUUGUUGUUAACCAGCAGUUGGGCAAAACCCUCCUUGCAUUUUGGAAUCUGUCGCGGACGCGAAAGAGGAAAGUGCCGGCCCAGCGAGGAGUGCCUGGAGCAGGAUGGCUUCAUCCAGGCCAGUGAUUCAUUCCACGAGUGCUUUCACAUGGUCUGCUGCCUGAGGAAACAAACGGCCUACUCACAAUCGACCGGAGACUACUGCAAAAAUAACUUGGAACCCCAUAUUGCCAAUGGAGAGGCUGCAGAAAUCCGGGAGUUUCCCUGGAUGGCGAUGUUGCUAUACGGAGAUCGCCUGCUGCCCAAGUGUGGGGGUUCCCUGGUGGGCAGCAAAUGGAUCCUUACCGCAGCACAUUGUGUCCCGAGGGAGAGUAGCGAAGAGCAACUGCGUCGUGCUCGUUUGGGAGUGUGGAAUGUCCAGCAGACGGAGGAUUGCCAAGGACUACAAUGCACACCGCCUCCUCAGGAUUUUGCCAUCGAGCAGGCCAUUGUGCAUGAGAUGUACCGGCCUUCAGAGAGUGCGGGAACCAACCUGCAAAGGCACUCCAACGACAUUGCCCUGCUGCUCCUCGGCAGGAACGUCACCUACUCGGCCUUUGUUCAACCCAUCUGCCUGCCCUCGGCUUACGAUCGCUCGCGAAGGAAAUUCUAUGCGGACUACAGCCUGACCAUCGCCGGCUGGGGACGCACCAGUGACCUGUCGGUGGCCACCAGUCCCGUGAAGAUCAAGGCGCAAGUGAGUGCUUGGUCCACCGAUAGCUGCAAGAAGCUCUAUCCGGACUUGAGUCGCGGACAAAUGUGCGCCGGCGGCGGUUCGUCGAAACGAAGUAGUUGCUUCGGCGAUUCCGGCGGUCCGGUGAUGGACGACAACCAGCUGGUGGGCAUCAUCUCGCUGGGGGCGUCCAAGUGCGGAUCCGAUCGUCGCCCGAUGGUCGUCACGCGGGUGGAUGCGUUUAUGAAGUGGCUGGCGCAGCAGAUGAACCUCUCGCUGGGAAAUCACUUAUACAAUAGAUGAAUUAAUACGC